CCCGAAGAAAAGUUAGUUGACUAUAUGAAAUGAAAUACUGAUCACUGGAAAAUUAUGGAUGAAUACGAUAUCUACGCAGACCUCAAUGAUAUUGAAGAAGAAGUAAAGAAGGAGCGCCACGAAGUGCAAGAGCUCGAACGAAGGAUAUCGCAUUUGGAAGCUCAAGUUUUGGAGAAGGAACAUGAAAAACAAGCAUUAGCAGAAAAAAACAAGGUUUUGUCCGAAAACAUUUCGUCUCUCUUGCUAACUGCUAAAGCUGAACUACAGCGCAAAGAUAACACCAUUGCUGACUUUCGUAAGAAAUGCGAUGAUACCGUUUUUCGCCGGGGCCACAAUAUUGUACGAGAAGUGGAACGAGUUUCAAAGUGUACGCAAACGAAGUACGUUCGCCUCAUUCAUAUUGGAGUACAGGUGGAGCAAAUUGAGGACGAGUUUACGUCUCACAUUAAGAAAUAUGGUGGAGCUAGAGAACAUGACCGAGAUAGAGAUCGUGAUCGUGAACGAGACCGAGACCGUCGGGAUCGUGAUCGUGAUGGUGAUCGGAAUCGAAAUUGUGAACGUGCCCGUGAUCGAAACCAUGAUCGGGGAAAGGCUCGUGAAAGAUUUCGUGAAGCUGAUCGUAGCUUAGAACGACAUCGCGAUCGAGAGAAUAUCCCACAUAGACAGCAGGAAAGUAAACGAGAUCGACACCGAGAGGACUACAGUGACAAUUAUGUAAACAAUGAUAAACGCUACGACGAUCGUAAGCCCAGCAGCAAUAACUAUUUAGAUCGUAAAUCUGGCAGUGGUCGCCAGAAGCUAGAUCAUCGGGGCGCUACAUCGAGAAGUAAAUCACGCGAUGCAAGACCAACGUCCAGGGCUACAGAUAAACUUUUUAAGGACGAACAAAACACCAUCCGUCAUGAAGAAAAUUUACACUGCGCAGACCGCAAGAAAAGAGUAAAACAUCAGGAAAGUAAUGAACAAUCAACGCAAACAAAAAGUGAAUGCAAAACCGAUAAAGAUGUUAAGAAGCUCCAUGAAGCCGCCGAGAAUACAAUAGUUAGCUUACCUGCAUCAGAGAGGCAGAAUAUUCCUCGCAAGAUCGAACCAAUUGUACAGAGCAGAACUGACAAUGAUUGUUAUGUUCCACAUCGUGCCGCAGUUAGUGGACACACAGAAAGUGAAACGAUGCUUGGACCUACUUUAACUAGUGCGCUUUCAUCAACUCCCGGUGUAAUGGAAAUGUUUACCAAAAGCGCAGAAAAUCCGCUACUCUGUGGAGAACAACAACAAAUAUCUGCAAAUUCUCUUAUCAAACAUAAGGCUGUGAAGACGACAGUUACAAAUUUCGUUGAUUGUAUAAUAACUGAUUACUCUCAACGACCUGUAAUAUGCGACAGUGCAGAAAGUUUUGCAGAAUCGAAUCUGAAAAACAAUCAAUCGUCUGGCGUAGCAAAUGAUAGGUUAGAUGACAAAUUAUCGGAUGCAAGCUCCAAGUCAAAAGAAAUACUAAUGCAAAGUUCCAUUCAACAAAAACCAGCACUAGAACUUGGCAUUUCAGCAAAUCGUGAAUUAAGUCUAGAAAAACAGAUAGUUGAUGUUGAGAAGGUUCCUAAUGACCCCAAAAACCAGCUUGGCGAAGAAGCUGAUGAUAAAUCGAAAUCUUGCAUGCAAACCAUAACUGACGUACCAUUAGAGGUUGGAAAACGUGAUAAAGAAUGCACUGAUGAGAACAAAACUGGAAAAAAGCGGGAAACUGUUCAGCUAGGCAUCGAGGAAAGCAAAUCUAAGGAAGAUUUAAACUGCAAGCCAAACAAAUCUCACAUCGAAGAAGACAAAACAGCAUUAACUGACGUAAAGUAUGACGACAAAAAAGAACAGGAGGAAAAAAUCGAUUACAUUAUGCAGGAAACAGUUGAACCGAUGGAUUUAAGAAGUUCAAAGUUUGACAAAAAGAUGAAAAAAUUAUCAGAAAAAGACGAUGAUAAAAUUAUCAAAACAGUUUUAGCUAUAAUAUAUGAUUCACCAGACCCUACUUCUACCAAAAAUGCGACAGAAACAGAAGGGGAAAAAAUCCUAGAAAAUGUUCAAUGUUUGCAACAGGAAUCCAGGAUUGUUAAGAACAAUUCAGUACAGAGCAGCUUAAUUGAUAAUGAAGCUAAGCAGCGUAGCGAUGAUGAACAUAUAACACAGAAAGGUCAUUUAAAGGAACAGAAGUCACAAAAUGGAGUUGUAGAUAAACAAGACGAUAAUUCACUCAUUUCCAACGAACGGUCUGACGUUGGCAAAUUGAGUCAAUCAGUUUAUAGCUCCGCGAACAAAAAUGAUAGUGAUCCAAAAGUUCAGAAUCAAACUGAUGUAUGCGAUUCGUCUGCCACUGUUAUGAGUGGAACAAAUGUGACCAUCCCUCCAACCGAUGCUAACUUAUCCGCCAACAUUGGAAAUGAGUUGUUGGCACCAGAAAAGGGUUCCGCCGAAGAACCUCCAACCGAUGCUAACUUAUUCGCCAACAUCGGAAAUGAGUUGUUGGCACCGGAAAAGUGUUCCGCCGAAGAACCUUCAAAUCCAAAACCAACAAUAGACAGUUCCCAACGUUCAGCGUUAUUGUUAGAACCUACUGGGACACUAAUGAAAACGAUAGAAACAACUAAAAGUAUCGAAGAAAAACAUCCCGAAUUCGGAAUUGAGCCAACAAAUGGUACAGACAGUGGAUCCGAGCAUCAGCAAGGUGUCCGCACUCGCAGUAAAUCCGUUAAUUUGGAAGAGCGAACAGGUGAUAACGAAAAGAACAUGUCGAUUCAAAAUUAUUUCACAACGUUUACAGGCAGCCAGGAAGACAGGGAAAAGCUUACUUCACCAGCAAAAGCUACAGAAGUCGCUACACAGUUGGAGUCAAAGGAGCAAGAAAUCGUUAGUCAUGAAAAACGUUCAAAGCAAGAUACUAGAGACAAUAGUAAUGUAAAUAUGAAAAAACGUGAAAAGUUGGUAAUGCAAAGUAAUUCUGAUGCCUCCGGGUCUAUAAGAGGCCGGUUGAGGAAAAUGUUUUGCCCCGAAAGGCCUCAAAAGUGCGACGGUAUUUUUUCUGCUUCUAAGAAAAGGAGACCAUCCUUAGAUUCCUCGCCAAUUGUGCAUAAGAAACAAAAGAACGAACACGAUACUAACGACGAGAGUACGUUGAGCUCUGCGGCAUCAAGCAAACUUUCGGAUACCUUCUUUUCAUCCAUUUUUUUGCCGAUUGUUUCCACGCUUGAUAAAAUUCACAUGAAAUCUCAAUCAACCACGUUGGCACAAAGUAGUGACCCCUUGCAUGCAACAUCGAAUGUACCAUCGAUGGCUAUGGUAAGCUCGCCUAUAAAAUCGCAAUGUUCACCUCAACAAUCACUUCCGACACCUAUGCUAUGCGCAUUUGAAACCUCCUCGAGAACGGUUAACGAUGAAGAGCACAUAGAACUCGAGGACAGUCAACAAGGCUGUAUGAACAGUAGUUCGACAAUAGAGUACGAAAUGGAGAAAUUACACUUUUCACCGCGGCAUUUGCUUGCAUCAUCCACACCGCUUAUCGUUAAACCACAGGCCCGUCUUCAUCACUCGACAUCGAGUGUUCCGGCACAGGGUUUGGCAGGGACAGCACCAGUAGCAGUGCCGGAUACGUUGAACAGCAAAUCUUGGACAGCACCUUUGGGACGUCCAACACCAUGCUUGCCGCAGGCGGGUGUCGAAGUACUGCACUUUACAAAGACAGUAACUUACAAAGCCCCUCAAGAGCACACCCAAGACAAACAUACACUGGCCAACGGUGAUUUCUGUGAGUUCGAUUCAAAACCAACAUGUACCGACAAGAGCUUGCGCAAACAUUCAGUAAAUAAGGGGAAAACUGCUUCGAUUAACAUCAACGAAGCAGAUGUUCAUACCUAUGAAAGUGUUACUGUAAGUAAGCAUUCCAGCAGUAACCAACCAGCCAUUAGCCAUAAGUCACAGAAAUCAACUAACAAAGCAGGUAAAACUACCGUAUCUUCUUCCACCGUACUGACAAUGCCAGUUAUGGUCAAAUCCCAAAACCGAUGUAUCACACAAACGCCUAAAAACAAAUUAUUAUUGUCCAGCAGCCCGUCACAUAGAUCAAAGGCAUGUCUACCUCAGGCUGAGGAUAGUACUACACCGGUUACGUCACGUAAACGAUCCCGGGUUCCUUCAUCACCUAAACGACGAAAAAUAGAUGAGGAAAUUAAUAUCGCAACGUAUCCUACUAAUUUGUUUUCUGAGUCCGUAGUAGGCAAAACUAUAAUUGAAACUUUACCCAAACUUGUUGAUAAAAACAGUAGUGAAGAUACGACAUUGAAAAUGAAGGAACCCGCCACGAUCAUUCAGCCAACUUUCAGCACAUUAGUGCUGGGCGAUUGUUGUACUUCAACCACGACUACAAAUGCUCUUAGAACAUUUGAAACACAACAACAAUCGAUAGUAACAGUAGAAACGCCGGUAGUACAACAAUGUGAAGCAACUGCUGGACCGGGUGCAACCAGUACCUCCUCUGAGGUAGUAUCACCCAGUUCAGCUUCGACCAUGAAAAGUUUGUGUAACUUUUCCCUUAAUCUGUCGCUGGCAAGUGGUUCAACGGUGGACACGGAUACUAGCGUAGCUCACAAAGCGGAAUCUUCCGUGCGAUUUGUUCGCGACGUACGUAUAGUUAGAGAAAAUCCAAAAUUGAUGCGUGUGUACAUCAAUAGACCGGGCAACUGAUGUUUAAAAAAUGUACAUAAAAUGUUACGAUGCGCCGAGAGUAAGUUAUGUAACGAAUUGAAUAAGAAAAAUGUGUUUGUCAGAAAACUAAAUUUUGUGUAUUAAUGUUAAAAGAAAACUAAUAUAAGUGAGAUUGUUUUAAUCUUAAGUAUACGUACUCUCCGGAAUAACAU